AUGGAGCUCGCCUUGGGGGCCAUGGCCGGCCUAGCCCCCAAGCUGGGCGAGCUUCUCACGGCGGAGUACGUCGUGCAGAAGGGCCUCAAGCCCGACAUCGAGUCCCUCUCCAAGGAGCUUGUGAUGAUGAAAGCCUCUCUGGAGGACUCGUCUCGGGUACCACCGGACCAGCUCAGUGAGGUGGAAAAGCACUGGGCACGGCAGGUCCGGGAGCUGUCGUACGACAUGGAGGACGUCGUCGACGACUUCAUCCUGCGCGUGGCUAAUGGUGGCAAGUCUGCAACUGCCACCGACGCCAACGUCUUCAAGAAGAUCCUUGGCAAGGCCACCGCUGCGGUGAAGAAGGUCAAGCAUCGCCAUCAGAUCUCUGACAAGAUUAAAGACAUCAAGAAACUCUCCAACGAGCUGGCUGAGCUCCGUGCCAAGUACACAGUAAGGGGUGCGGGUGCGGAUCUCGCCGCGAACACUGGCAUUGAUCCUCGUGUCAUCAAUCUCUACAAGAAAGAGUCAGAUCUUGUUGGCAUCGAGGAGUCAAGGGACAAACUAAUCAGGAUGUUGUCGAUAAGGACCAAAGACGAUGCUCAUGCUCACGUGUCUCAUCAGAGCCUAAAGAUAGUGUCUAUAGUUGGGGUUGGAGGAUUGGGUAAGACUACUCUAGCCAAAACGGUGCAUGAUAUGCUCAAGAAACAAUUUGUCUGUUCUACUUUUAUUUCUGUUGGUAGGACUCCUAGUCUGACUAGGACAUUUGAGAAGAUGCUAGUGGAUCUGGAUGAAAAUUAUAGCCAAGUGAACAUGUCAAGAUGGGAUGAAGAGCGAUUCUCCAACGAGCUGCAUAAAUUCUUACAGCAGAAGAGGUACUUCAUCGUUGUUGAUGACAUAUGGGAUGUUGGAACAUGGGAAGUGAUAAGAUAUGCCUUGAAGGACAAUAAUUGUGGAAGUCGAAUAAUCAUGACUACUCGUAAUUUUGAGGUUAUCACGAAAGUAGAAGAGAUUUACAGACUAAAACCUCUUUCUGAUGGAAACUCUAAGAAAUUAUUCAACAAAAGAAUACAUGGUCAGGAAGGAGAAACACUUGAUGAUAUAUCAACUGAAGUGUCUAGUAAGAUCAUAGAUAAAUGUGGUGGUGUACCGUUGGCUAUCAUUGCAAUAGCUAGUUUAUUGGUUGACAGACCUUGCGAUGAUUGGUUAAAGGUGUAUGACUCAAUUGGUUUUGGGAAAGGAGACAACACAACAAAGAUUAUGUCAUAUAGCUACUAUGAUCUGCCUUCUUAUCUAAAACCAUGCCUAUUGCAGCUAAGCAUAUUUCCAGAAGAUUUAACAAUUGAUACAAGGUGUGUGAUAUGGGUGUGGAUAGCAGAAGGUUUUGUCCAUCUUGAUGAGAAAGAGGAGGGUAGCCUAUUUGACGUUGGAGAAAGAUACUUCAAGGAGCUUGUAAAUAGAAGCAUGAUCCAACCAAUAGAUGACAAAUAUAGUCGGUUCAUACAACAGUUCAAAAUUCAUGAUAUUGUGUUUGAUCUCAUCCGUGAGCUGUCGAAAGAUGAAAACUUUAUUUCUAUUUUGAGUAGUAGAGAGCAACAUGCAUCUUUGGACAAUUUAAGAAGCGAGAAGAAGACCAGCAUGACUCGUUCGAACAGUAAGGUACGCCGUCUGGCUCUCCGAAAUCACCAUGUGCAGCAAAUUCCUGAUGACACCAUUGACAUGCAAGAGGUUUUGAGGUCACUUAACAUUAUAAAUAGUGAGGUUGAGAUUAUGACACCACUUCAUAGCUUCAGAGUUUGCCGUGUGCUAUAUAUAGAAAACAGCUACGUCCCAAUCAGCUUAAAGCAUAUAGGGAGGUUGUUGCAUCUCAAGUACUUAGAUAUAUCUUUCACGGCUGUUGACGAGGUUCCUAAGGAACUGGGGCAUCUGAAAUCUCUACAGUCACUGGUAUUAAUCAAUAUUGGGCUAGACGAGCUACCACCGACUGUUUGUUCGCUUACACAGCUGAUGUGCCUGGUAGCUCAGGGGUUCAAAAGGUUCCCGGCUAACAGGAUGGGGAACCUAACAUCUCUAGAGGAGCUACGGUUAAAGACCGUAAUUGGUCGGAGUACCACGGAGGACCUUGUGGUAGAGCUUGGCAAGCUGACGAGGUUGAGGAUGGUCAGGAUGACUUUGGCCGAGGAACUAGACGAGAGCUUGCAAAAAGCAUUGGUGCGAUCGCUGUGCAGUCUGCGGGAACUCCAGGAACUAGUGCUUUCUUCUUCAGGAUCACAGCAGGGUGCCACUGUGUGGGAAGACUGGGAGCCACCUAUGCAGCUCCGGCGCCUACUUGUAGGAGGCAUCUUCUUCUGGCAGCUGCCUGGGUGGAUCAACCGCUCUCGCGUGCCACACCUCAUCUUCUUAUCUCUGGAAAAGUUUGCUGUUGAAGUUCAGGACCUCGAUAACCUAGCGAGAUUGCCAGAGCUGAGCUACCUCGAGCUAGAUGGUUUCGUCUGGCCUCCAGGGUAUACUGUUGGCACAGACGACUUCAAGAAUCUGAGAUUCUGUGAUGUGGGUACAACGCUCAAAUUUCCUAUGGGCGCCAUGCCAAGGCUAGAAGAGCUGCAGUUUGGUGUUUUUGCAGGGUAUUGGAGUUGGCAAGUUAAUGGUGUGCCGUUUGAGCAGUUCCCAACAAAGGAUAUAAUCGAAGAUCUUGACUUGGGCCUGCAUAACCUCCUUUCACUUGAGAAAGUCACCGUCAGAGUCAUCUGCUCGGGUGCUACUGCCGUAGAAGUGCAGGAGGUGGAGGCCGUGGUCACAAGUGCUGUGGAAAAUCAUCCCAAUCGUCCAACCAUACAAGUGCAUCGAAUGCUUGAAAGACUGAUUUUAUCUGACGAACACAGGGUGGCUCUGCUUCAGCAACACAUUCAACAACGCUACCAUGUGCUCUGGUUGAAGGAUGAGCCUGAUGCUUGGUUCAUCGCCCACCUGCGGUCGUACCGACUUCUUCAGAAAGCCGUUAUUUCCAUCGACUGUGCGGGUGCCAGCCUGUGUGAGGUGGAGAAAGUGGAAGCAGCUUUUAGGCAUGCAGCCGAGGUUCACCGUAACCAUCCGACUAUCCAACUGAUCAGAACAAACACCGACGAAAUGGUCUCCUCAUCUAACCAUCCCGACACAGAGUCCUUCUAA